AUGACCAAUGAUUUUGAUAUGCCUUCUUCUGACAUCGAUGGCUCGAAUGCGGAUCUAUACGCGAUGGACCUUCCUUUAUCGCUCGCCGGUGAACUGGCCGCACAACAGGCGACAACUCAUUGCGCAAAUGUCAGCGGUUCAACAGAAUCGGAGCAUUUAGAACUUCAAGCUACUGCAGAGCCUCCGCCCAGUCCUCCUUUCUUCAAACCAGCAUCCUGGAACGCGAUUGAUGCCACCACCGCGGAAUGGCAGGCCAAUAUGCAGCAGGGGACGCAGCAGGAGAUAGCCGCACAAGAGCUUCGCGCUGUGAAGCGUUGUCUGGACCUGCGACGUAACAUCACUCGCACCGCCGAAAAGAGGAUUUUCGAUUCUGAGCCGCUCGUUGUACCCAGCUCUUGGUCGAUGUCCGGAGUUCCCAUAAAGAGCUUAGUGGAGCAUCCGUUUUUGCUUGAGGAGUACCUGGAAGGCGAGCACUUUUCCCGCGAGGCGAUCAGGAUUCGAAGGGAAUACUUUGAAAUCAAAGACUGUGGCUCGCCGGAGAUCAGGCGUCUCGCUGCCAUGGAAGCAGACUACAGAGAAAGCCAGGCGUCACAAUCGUUGCUUGAUGUCCUGCUAGAGGCCAUUCAACAUGCAACGCAAAAGCUCAUCUUGGAGCUUACAGAAGGCGAUAAGACUACGAAGAGACCUGCCUUGGAUCUAUGUCGACGCCUGGUCGCUCAUUCGACCCACACAGAUGAUGAUGGUGAGCUCAUUCAGGCCGUGGAAGCGAUCAACGAUAUGGAACGAGGACAUAUGCAGUUGCAAUACGAUAACGUUCUGGAACGGUCCACGGAAACUUCGUCAACGUCUUCGAUACCUCAUGCAGUCGCUCCACCAGACUCACCACCGCCUUAUGACAUCUGUCUUUUACCAAAGCCAGUGUCGUCGCCACCAUCGGUUGAGAAAUCUCCGCCCAAGGAUCUGCAUCGGCUGCGUGUAAAGUUCCAAGAGAAUGUGGCAUCGCUCAGUUCAGUUCACGCAAGCCACUGA